CUGAAUUAUAAUACUGAUACUAUUUUUAGAAAGGAUCUUUUGCACAGAGAUUAUAGUUGGAAGAUAAAUAAGUUUGAAAAAUAUAUUUCAAUUAACAAUAAUCAGGUACAAACUGUACAAUGUAGGCUUAAUGACAUAAGAAAUGUUUCAAAUCUUUCAGAUAUGCAUGUCUAAUGUGAAGAAUGCACCCGAUAAAAGUUAAAGAGAGAAGAGAGCUUGGACUAUAUAUAAUUUUCGGGAGGGCAAGACUCAGCUGUGAUGCUUUAUAUAAUUGACAGAUUGCUUCAAUGGUCUAAUGUGCAAAUCCCACAUGUUACUUUUUACUUGCACCCAAUUAAAGGAAGAUGACAGCUCAGGCACUUGGGGUACUUUGUAGUGCGCGAGUGUGAUCAUUUACUCCGUAUCUAACAGUUAGUUGCUUCUGUUUGUGCGAUGAAUUACGUUACUGGAUGCAAACUCAACCAACUAAGCACUCUUGCCAGUGUUAGAGAUUCCUUUUGGUGAAUUUAUCAUCUCAUAAUUUGAGUUUUGCAGUGGCCUCACUCUGAUGGUGGAUCCUGUCAACUUUAUUUUAGCAUUUGCAUGUAUAUGUUGCUAAUGCUUUUCCAACGCUAUUGCUAUAUUGUAACUAUUGAAUGUAGUUACCAGCGGAAUGGUCUGCCAUUUAUAAACAGGCGUUGCUGUUGCCCGAUGGCAAUUAUUUGGUCAUCAUCACUAGAGGAGUGCAUUGGUGAAUACUCACCAUCUCCGACCAGUCUUUGUUCAGAUAAGAACCUUACAUGAUGGCAAGGAUUUACGCCGUUGAGCCUGCCGAAGUGCUUCUGGAUGAUUGUUUUUUAAACAAAUGUUCUGGGACCUGUCAACAUCAACCUAAGGAACAUGCUUUGAGUACUCAGCUUAUUGCCAUCCUGCCCCUCAGUUGUUCGCUUCUGGAAGAUGUUCUACUACAGGACCCAUCUGUGUGGAAACUAACACUGAAAUCAUCUGUUCUUUCUUAUUGCCCUCUUCUCUUUCGCAAGGCCGAAAAGCAUAUGGUCUUUGCUCUAAAGAAGGCUGGUCACAAAAUCUUCUCUGCAAGUAAGCUCACCCCUAAGUUCCACGUCAUAGUUGCAGCCUGCAGGUAUGUUCACCAAAUUCAGAUCAAGAGGAUGGCUGCAAGAAAACCAAAUCUGGAAAUUGCUCGAGUAAGGGAACACAAAAUUUGUUGAAGCUCUUGGACAUGGAAAUAUAUAAUGUUGUAGCUUGUAAUUUGAUCCCAGUUGGUGAAGCUGCAAAAGUAAAUAAAGAAACAACUGAUACAUGUGGGCUCGUCUUGUGACGCGUGCCUUCACGGAAUCUUAUGAAUUCUGCAGGUAUGGUUCAUAGAUUAUCUGCAUAAUCCCCUAAACUGCAUACUGGUUGCUUUUUGCUCUUUGAUGUAUGUGAAGUGUGGGAAAAGUUUAUAGAAUGUCAAUUCAAACAUAGACAAUAAAUUCAAC